AUGCGUCUCGCUCGUCUCUCGUUUCUCGUUCACGCCCUGCUGCUGACCGCGGUCGCGGCCCAGAGCGCAGGUGCGACCGAUCUCAUCAAGGAUCUCACUAGCGAGACCAGUUCAUCCUCCGAAGCCGCGACAUCAACCGAACCCACCACCACCAGCACGACUUCAUCUUCGUCUUCGUCUUCCUCCUCAUCCGAGGCCCCGUCCACCACAUCGGCGGAGACCACCCCCACCUCCUCCUCGUCUUCUCCUGCCGAGACCACCAAGGACACUCCCACCAAGACUACUUCCUCUAAGAACAAUGAUCCCACCACCUCCUCCAAUGCGGACGCUACCACUUCCUCCGAAUCCUCCUCCACUACCAAGAGCGCCGUUGUGAAGACCAUCACUUCGUUUGAGACCGUCAGCGGCUCUACUGUGCCCACCGUUAUGACCACCACUUCCUCGCCUGCUGCUGAUUCGACCUCGCCUUCGCUCAACAGCGACAACAGCGGCUCCUCCAGCAGCAGCGGUGUCUCCGACUCCGAUAAGAAGAUUAUUAUUGGUGUUGUCGUUGGUGUUGGCGGUGCCAUCAUCAUCGGUGUCCUCGGUGUUAUCAUCUGGCGCGUUCAGAAGAAGCGCAGUGGCCAGUAUAACGAGGAAGAUGACGAUCUGAUGGGGGGCACCGCUGUCGGCACUGGCCCUCGUGAGAAGGCCCCUAGCCCUGCUGCCGGUUCUACCGGCACUCCCUUCAAGAGUACAUUGGACCAGUACCACAACCCUGGUCCCGUCAACGCUGCAUCAAACUUCUAA